CAUAACCCACCUUUGUUAUUCUCUUACAACCUAACAUCUUUUGCAUGACCCCCAAUGAAAGAAAAUUACUAUAAGGGCCUUAAUGAAUGGAUGAUCUACACCAUUGGAUCAAAACAAAAUGAGCCACACGAUUUGUCCUUCCUCUCUCUCCUCCUUAUGCGGGACCCACCCUUCUUCUUCCUCUCUUCAAUUAACGUAACAACCACCAUUCUUCCUCACUUCAAUUCUACACCAAACAAUAUCUCUUUUGAGAGAUUGGACGAAGAACAACAUAAACAUCGACAUCAAAUCGUGUAUCUUCCUCCAUAGAUGAACUUGGGUAACUAUGGAUAACAACAGACGUGUGGUGAUAUAUUUUGAUCAAGGGGGUAGUUAUUCAGAUGUGGGAGAUGAAGUUCGAUGGAAGCGGAAAGACCGACAUAUUUCUACUUUAGUGUUUACGAUGAGAAGUGAUGAGGAGGUGACUUACUCUCAGUUGGUUGAUAGAGUAUGCAUGAAAAUGAAGAUUGAUGUAGCUUCGUCCAAGAUUCAGCUGAGUUACUUUCCGUUUGGAAUGGAUGAUAAGAGGCCAUGUUACAUCUUCGAUGAUGAAGAUGUUUUAGGAUAUUUAUUGGAAGUCGAAAAAAAUCAGAGGCGUACUGUCUUGCACGUGGAGCUCAUAGAAUCUGUCUCACAAAACCAAAGUAACGAGAUGUUUUCUAGGGAUGAGGAAAUUAUUAGUGAUGCAAGAGCUAAUGAUGAUAUGGUUGGUCUUAAGGAGUUGACGACUAUUCCUCAUAUUCAAGAAGAUGAGAAUGAGAAAGGCGAUGAAGUGGGUACUGAAAAAGAUGAUAUGGAGAAGUUGGCGGUUGUUACACCAGCUGAAACACCAGUUGUACAUUUCGAGUGGGAUGACGGUAUUGACAUGGCUUUGCACCAAGAAUUUGAAACUAAGCAUGAAGUGAGAGAUUUAGUGGACAAAGCUGUGCAUAAGAAUUGUUUUGAGGUUGAUAUAGUGAAGUCGACGCCUCGACUUUACGUAUUAAAGUGCCGUGGGGUUGGUUGCAAAUGGUAUUUACGAGCUGCAAAGCUGAAAAACUCUGAUUUUUUCACUAUAAGGACGUAUCGGAAGAUGCAUACUUGCGUUAGGAUAGAGGAAAGUGCAACCAAGAAGGGGAAAAGAGGCACACCAAGCUUGGUCGCAUCUGUGCUGCAAGCUGAUUAUCCAGGAAAAUACAAGACUCCAACACCAAAGGAUCUCAUAGAUUUGGUUGAGAACAAAUUGGGUGUUAGGAUUUCAUAUGCUACGGCUUGGAGAGGAAAAUACAAAGCUAUCAACGAUCUGCGUGGGAACCCAACAGAGAGCUUUGCUAGACUGCCGUCUUACUUGUACAUGUUGGAAAGGUUGAAUCCUCGUACUGUCACCCGCUUAGUAGUGGAUGAGAAGAACCAGUUUAAGUAUGUGUUCUUCGCGCUCGGAGCUUGCAUUGAAGGGUUUAAUUCCAUGCGGAAAGUGAUAAUUAUGGAUGGAACUCAUCUGAAGGGUGUGUAUAAAGGAGUGCUUCUUAUUGCCACUGCUCAAGAUCCAGAUCAUCAUCAUUAUCCUCUCGCUUUUGCUGUAGUAGAUGGUGAAAAAAAUGCAAGUUGGAGUUGGUUUUUGACUACAUUGAAAACCUUGAUACCAGAUGAUCCCCAACUUGUAUUCUGCACUGAUAGAAACCAAAGCAUCAUCAAGACAGUACACGAGGUCUACCCACUGGCGAUCCAUGGAUAUUGCAUAUAUCACUUGGCUAAUAAUGUGAAAGGAGCAUGCAGCCAUGUUAGGAAAGAUGUGGUUGCACAUGAGUUCAAAAAAAUUGCUGGUAUUUACACAGAAAAAGAGUUUAGAAGAAAAUAUAUUGAUUUCAGAAGAAGGUAUCCUCAGGCCGCUGAGUAUCUGGAUGAGAGUGUGCAUGAGAGCAAAUGGGCAAGAUGUCAAUUUCCAGGAGCAAGGUACAACAUAGAUACAACCAACACUGCUGAAUCUAUGAAUGGUGUUUUCAAGGAACAAAGGAAUUAUGCACUGCUGCCAAUGAUUGAUGAGAUCGUGGGGAAGAUUAUAGAAUGGUUUAAUAGAUACCGACAAAUUUCUAUAGGGGUUCCACAGAGGCAGCUACUUGUCCCACGUGUGCAUGUUGAAUUGCAUGAGAACUGUCCGAUUGCAAGAACACUUCACGUGGAGGUGCUAAACACAUUUGAACGUCAGUACAAUGUUACUGGUACGGAUGGGAAAGGUUAUUUGGUUGAUUUGAUCAACAAAACAUGUCACUGUCGGCAUUUUGAAAUUGACCGGUAUCCUUGUGUGCAUGCGCUUGCUGCGAUCAUGAAGUAUUGCAGAACUACAACAGAUGAUACGCUAGAGCAGUUGGUUGAAAAUUAUUGUUCUAAGUAUUAUUGGAUGGAGCAGUGGACAUUGGCAUAUUGUAGGACAAUAUAUCCAGUGCCUCAUCAUUCAUCCUGGCAAGUUCCUGAGGAAAUACAAUCUCAGGUUGUGUUCCCGCCGUAUGUGGAGAAAAAAAAAGGAAGAUUACAAACUACUAGAUUCCCAUCUGCGGGAGAAUAUCGGAGGAAGAGAAAGAAAAAGUAUGCACCAUUCUCGGAGUGGCUUGGUGACAGCAGUGACAAAGAUGACAACGACAACGAUGACAUCGAUUACGAAGAAAGCAGCAAUGAGGGAAGUGACAGCGAGGAAAGUGGCAGCGAAGGAAGUGGUGACGAGGGAGGUGACAACGAAGGAAAUGAUGAAUGACUCCAACUUAUGUGUUAUGGAACUUGCUUAUAUGUUGUGAGUCUUACUUAUGUGUUAUGGAACUUAUUUAUGUAUUGUGGAACUUAUUUAAGUGUUGUGGAACUUAUG